UUUUUUUUCCCUUUCAGCUCGGAGCAAAAUCUUGAAAGAAUAAAAAAGCAAAAAAGAGAGAGAGAAAUUGAAAGAAAAGGAAAAAAAAAAGAUCUUCUCUUGUUUCGGCUAGGGUUUCCGUCUUUGUUUCUUUCGUCGAUACACUCAAAGGAGAUGGAUUCAACAAAUGGUAACGGAGCUGAUCUUGAAUCAGCAAAUGGAGCUAACGGGAGUGGGGUUACUGAUGCAUUACCCCCUCCGCCACCAGUUAUACCUCCAAAUGUGGAACCAGUUCGUGUUAAAACCGAACUUGCUGAGAAGAAGAACUUGCGAGUACCUAUGGCUCGUAAAGGCAUUGGAACAAGGGGCCAAAAGAUUCCAUUGUUGACUAACCAUUUCAGAGUCGACGUUGCUAAUCUUCAGGGCCAUUUCUUCCACUACAGUGUGGCUCUUUUCUAUGAUGAUGGUCGUCCUGUUGAAGCAAAGGGUGUUGGAAGAAAAAUCCUUGACAAGGUGCAUGAGACGUACCAUUCCGAUCUAGAUGGUAAAGAGUUUGCUUAUGACGGUGAGAAGACGCUGUUUACAUAUGGAGCUUUGCCUAGUAACAAGAUGGAUUUCUCUGUGGUCCUUGAGGAAGUAUCUGUUGCAAGGACUAACGGAAAUGGAAGCCCCAAUGGGAAUGAAAGUCCUAGUGAUGGUGAUAGGAAAAGACUGCGUAGGCCUAACCGGUCCAAAAACUUCAAAGUGGAAAUCAGCUAUGCGGCCAAAAUUCCUCUACAAGCUCUUGCUAAUGCAAUGCGUGGACAAGAGUCAGAGAACUCCCAGGAGGCAAUACGGGUUCUUGAUAUCAUAUUGAGGCAACAUGCUGCUAGACAAGGUUGCUUGCUUGUUCGACAGUCCUUUUUUCACAAUGAUCCAAAUAACUGUGAACAAGUUGGUGGUAACAUCUUAGGAUGUAGGGGAUUUCACUCCAGCUUCAGAACAACGCAGAGUGGCAUGUCACUCAACAUGGAUGUUACAACCACCAUGAUUAUCAAGCCUGGCCCAGUGGUGGAUUUCCUAAUUGCUAACCAAAAUGCGAGGGAUCCAUAUUCGAUUGACUGGUCUAAGGCUAAAAGAACGCUUAAGAAUUUAAGGAUUAAGGUCAGCCCCUCAAACCAAGAAUUCAGGAUCACCGGCUUGAGUGAAAAAAAUUGCAGUGAACAGAUGUUUGAACUAAAGAAACGGAACCCAAAUGAAAAUGGGGAGUUCGAGACUACCGAAGUGACAGUUGCUGACUACUUCCGCGACACAAGGCAUAUUGAUUUGCAAUAUUCUGCGGAUCUGCCGUGCAUCAAUGUUGGGAAGCCAAAGCGACCGACUUACAUUCCUCUUGAGCUCUGCGCCUUGAUUCCACUUCAGAGGUACACAAAAGCACUCAACACAUUUCAAAGAUCUGCCCUUGUUGAGAAGUCCAGACAGAAACCCCAAGAGAGGAUGGCCGUUCUGUCCAAAGCUCUGAAAGUUAGCAACUAUGAUGCUGAACCUCUUCUGCGUUCCUGUGGCAUUUCGAUCAGCUCCAACUUUACUCAGGUGGAGGGUCGUGUUCUUCCAGCUCCCAAGCUGAAAAUGGGAUGUGGAUCUGAAACCUUUCCCAGGAAUGGGCGGUGGAAUUUUAAUAACAAGCAAUUUGUAGAGCCCACCAAAAUUGAACGAUGGGUUGUUGUCAAUUUCUCUGCACGCUGUAAUGUACGUCAAGUUGUUGACGAUCUGAUCAAAAUUGGAGGAUCAAAAGGCAUUGAUAUUGCUCAUCCCUUUCAAGUCUUUGAGGAGGGUAAUCAAUUUCGCCGUGCUCCUCCUCUUAAUCGUGUUGAGAACAUGUUUAAGGACAUCCAGUCUAAACUCCCUGGUGUCCCACAAUUCAUACUAUGUGUGCUCCCCGAGAAAAAGAACUGUGAUCUCUAUGGCCCAUGGAAGAAGAAAAACUUAACUGAGUUUGGCAUUGUUACUCAAUGCAUGGCUCCCACACGGCAACCUAAUGAUCAGUAUCUUACAAAUUUACUUUUGAAGAUUAACGCAAAGCUUGGAGGCCUAAANAAUCAACUCUUAAAACUUCAUUUGUUGAUUGCUACUAGUGUUAAUCGAUUUAACACUCUUUAUGUUUUNUCACAUGGAUCUCCUGGACAGUCUGAUGUCCCGUCCAUUGCUGCUGUGGUGAGUUCGAGGGAGUGGCCACUAGUCUCGAAGUAUAGAGCAUCUGUUCGGACUCAGCCUUCUAAGGCUGAGAUGAUUGAGUCCCUUGUCAAGAUUAACGGAACUGCAGACGAUGGCAUUAUCAAGGAGUUGUUGGUAGAUUUCUACACCAGCUCGAAUAAGAGAAAGCCAGAGCAUAUCAUAAUAUUCAGGGAUGGUGUGAGUGAAUCGCAGUUCAAUCAGGUUCUCAAUAUCGAACUUGAUCAGAUCAUUCAGGCUUGCAAGUUCCUGGAUGAGAAUUGGAACCCUAAAUUCCUCUUGUUGGUGGCUCAAAAGAAUCAUCAUACCAAAUUCUUCCAGUCUUCGAGCCCUGAUAAUGUCCCCCCAGGAACAAUCAUUGACAACAAAAUAUGCCAUCCAAAGAACAAUGAUUUCUACCUCUGUGCGCACGCUGGAAUGAUUGGAACUACUCGUCCAACGCACUACCAUGUCCUGUAUGAUGAGAUUGGGUUUUCACCUGAUGAACUUCAGGAACUUGUCCACUCGCUCUCCUAUGUGUACCAAAGAAGCACCUCUGCCAUUUCUGUUGUUGCUCCGAUCUGCUAUGCUCACUUGGCAGCUGCUCAGCUUGGGACGUUCAUGAAGUUUGAAGAUCAGUCUGAGACAUCAUCAAGCCAUGGUGGCAUCACAGCUCCAGGACCAAUUUCUGUUGCACAGCUCCCAAAACUCAAAGACAAUGUUGCCAACUCCAUGUUCUUCUGUUAAAUGACCAGGCCUACUUGGCUCAGUAAUUAAGUAGUAGUUAAUCGACUUUUAUCUUAGGACCUCUCGGUUUAAGCGUUAAAGGCAUCAAACGCUAAGGCUUGGUAUGUUUUUUGUUACUAUUAUCGCCAGCCUUUUUUGCCUGCUGGGUUUAAAUGUUUUUACCCCUUUUAACUAUUCGGUGGUUGUCUGAAAAAAAAACUUAAUUGUAGUGAAUAUCUAAGUUCAGGAAGUGACCCUUUUGUCUAGA